AUGGCAAAGAACAUACCUGAAAGAUACAUACCCCAAUACGCAAAGGAGGAUGAUUGGGAUGAUCAAGAGCUCCAAGACUUCGUGACGAGUUUCUAUCGCUUCUCUGAUAACCAUGAGGAGAAUCAGCUAUGGGUCGACUCAUUCACGGACGAUGCGAACGUACAGAUUGGCGCCGACAAGGCGCAGGGGUCUGAAGAGAUCCCAGACUUCCGCACUCGGAUGUGGGCGCAUAUCCAAGAGCGUAAGCACACGGUGCUCAAAGUAUUCCCUGGGAAGUUCACUGGAUCGGACGCAUCGGAGCGUGAGUGUAUGCUGCUCGGAGAAGCGAGCUUCUUGACGCGAGAUGGGAGAACUAUUGAGGCUGGUUGGUCGGCGCAUGCGGUGGUAAGGAGGGUCCAGGGUCAGUGGAAGUUUGCGCAGUAUCGAGCCUGGGUGCAGAACGAAUAG